CCCAGGCACUAAUCCAAGGGUAACGUGUUUGAAACGCUAGCAUCUUCCUCUAACCCCAGGGGUGAGCUGAGCGCUGGAUAAGGGUCUGAACUGGGCGCCGGGGAGGAAUUUGUGUUGGAAGAAACGCUACCCUCUGGGGGCAGUGUGGGGGAAACACAGCCUCAAGACUCUUCCUGCUGAUGCAAUCUGCAGGAGAGCCAGCAGACUCCGCUGCCCGGGCCAGUCUGCGACGCGGCCGCCACGUGUGCCCGCCGCCACCCCGGCAGCUUCCCCAGACCCGCGCUGCCCGGAGCGCCCGGGACGCAGCGCCUCUGCCUCGGCUCACCUCCAGCUGCUGUGUUCGAGUUCUGGCCCCACGAUGAAGGACUGCAAUAAUGGAUGCUCCGCAGAAGGUACUGGAGAAGGCGGAUCCAAAGAGGCGGUGGAGACUUUCAAGGCUGAAGAUCUAAUAAUCACACGAGCCACCAUUUUAAAGGAAAAACCAGACCCCAGUACUCUGGUUUUUGGAACGGUUUUUACGGAUCACAUGCUAACAGUGGAGUGGUCCUUGGAGCUUGGAUGGGAGAAACCACGCAUCAAACCUCUUCAAAACCUCUCACUGCAUCCGGGUUCAUCAGCUUUUCACUAUGCUGUGGAAUUAUUUGAAGGAUUGAAGGCAUUUCGGGGAGUAGAUAAUAAAAUUCGUCUGUUCCGGCCAAACCUCAACAUGGAUAGGAUGUACCGAUCUGCUAUGAGGGCCACUCUGCCGGCGUUUGACAAGAAAGAGCUUUUAGAGUGUAUUCAGCAGCUUGUGAAAUUGGAUGAGGAAUGGGUCCCCUACUCAACAUCUGCGAGUCUAUAUAUUCGUCCUACGUUCAUUGGAACUGAGCCUUCUUUGGGAGUCAAGAAGCCGACUAAAGCGCUUCUCUUUGUAAUCUUGAGCCCAGUGGGACCUUAUUUUUCCAGUGGAAGCUUUAAUCCUGUGUCCCUGUGGGCCAACCCGAAGUAUGUCAGAGCCUGGAAAGGUGGAACCGGAGACUGCAAGAUGGGAGGGAAUUAUGGCUCAUCUCUUUUUGCCCAAUGCGAAGCAGUGGAAAAUGCGUGUCAGCAGGUUCUGUGGCUCUAUGGAGAAGAUAAUCAAAUAACUGAAGUUGGAACUAUGAAUCUUUUUCUUUAUUGGAUAAAUGAAGAUGGAGAAGAAGAACUGGCAACUCCUCCGCUAGAUGGCAUCAUUCUUCCAGGAGUGACGAGGCAGAGCAUCCUGGACUUGGCACACAAGUGGGGUGAAUUUAAGGUAUCCGAGAGAUACCUCACCAUGGAUGACUUGACCACAGCUGUGGAGGAGAACCGGGUGAGGGAGAUGUUUGGUUCAGGUACCGCCUGUGUGGUUUGCCCUGUUUCGACUAUACUGUACAAGGGUGAGACUAUACACAUUCCAACUAUGGAGAAUGGUCCUAAGCUUGCAAGCCGCAUCUUAGAAAAACUGACUGAUAUUCAGUACGGAAGAGAAGAGAGCGACUGGACAAUCACAGUAGCCUGAGUGGAAAAGAACAGGAUAUCAUUUGGGUGCGCUUGGGACAGACUGUUGCAUUUGAAUUAUGAGAAAUGUCUUUGGCUACCUGAUUUUAGUUGUGCAUCAUGUUGUUCAUAUUGUCUGUGUUACCAGGGCGAUUGUUUUCUCAUGCCAGAGAAGAUGAAUCACAAUCAUCCAAUGGUAGUUUCUAAAUUUGCUCCUAGAAGCUUUCCUUACCUUCUCUAGAGAGUUGAUUAUGGAAGCCAUCUAAGUGUAGAAUUUUCCUCCAUAAUCUUAGAGCCUCCCUUAGGGCUUCACUCAGAUUUUUUAAAAAAUCUUUAUUCUUUAGCAUAAGUUAUGUCCUGCUUCUCAACCAGUGAGUGUCUUUGUGUUUGAAAGCUGAUCUGAGUACAUUUCACAGGUACCAUUUCCCGGGCCACAUCUCCAUCCUCAGAAAAGUGUGUUGUUGUUGUUGUUUAUAAAUCAAGACUUAGAGAAACUGGAUUUCUUUCCUGGUCCCCUAAGUCCAUCUUAGGGAGAAUCUCUCCUCCUUCCUGACAUCACAGUCUGCACCAGGCUCCACUGGUAGUCUACAAGACCACCCCUGCUGUCUCCACACUGUGUUGUAAUUCGUGGGCCGGCUUCACUACAGGACUGAGGGUCUUGUGCCUUAUAGAUCUUUGCAUCCCCCAGCCUGGCCCCUAGUAAGGAAUGAAUGAACAUUUAGCUUCUAUAGAAGUGUACCUUCUUUGUUUCUAUAUUAUGAAACCUCUUUAUUAGAAUUUGUGAUUGGUUCUGACUUUAUCUAUAUUUACCUCAUGUCUCUUUAGCUUCCAUGGACUGCCAAGUCAUCAGAGAUACUCUGAUUGUAGUUUGUUGGAGGAAUGAUUUCUUAUUUGAAGACUGUCUUGGAAUUAAAGUAAUAAUUCUAGAAAGAUGGUGAUAUCAUACCAACCAAAUGGAAAUGACAUGUUAUAUGUUAAAUACAUAAAUGUUUAAGUGUUAAAUACAAAAUAAAUCAUAUUUAGUUUUUUGGUAGAAAUA